AGACAAAAAAGGAUAAGAAGUAAAGAAAGCGAAGUUGUGGGCACAUUGAUUUCCUAACCCAGAUUUUAUAGUAACGACACACUACACGCCGGCCGUGUCAUCAUCAUUGAUCAACCAUUCAUGACUGUAAUCAUUUUUUCCUAUCUGCUUAUAUAGCCUUUCCUUUUCAUUGAUUACUUCCAAAAACAAAAACUCAAAUUCUACAGAGAACCCUCUUACAUGGAGAUCAAGCCUGGUUUGUCAGCUCUGCUCACCGGUGCUGCAUCUGGAAUUGGGAAAGCACUUAGUUUAGCUCUUGGGGAGAAGGGGGUAUUUGUGACUGUGGUUGAUUUCUCUGAAGAGAAGGGUAAGGAAGUUGCGGUUCUCAUUCAGAAAGCGAAUGCUAAGUUCCAUUCAAACUUGGAAUUCCCCACUGCUCAGUUUGUGAAAUGUGAUGUGACCAACACAAGAGAUUUAGCUGCUGCGUUUGAGAAGCAUGUAGCAACAUAUGGAGGGCUUGACAUCUGCAUCAAUUGUGCUGGCAUCGGUACUUCAACUCCAUUCCACAAGGAUGAGACUGACGGCACUCGUUCUUGGAGGCGUACUGUUGAUGUUAACCUGACUGCAGUUAUUGAUUGCACCCGUCUUGCGAUAAAUGCUAUAAAAGAUGCACAAAAGCCUGGAGUCAUUAUAAAUCUGGGUUCUGCUUCCGGUCUGUAUCCAAUGUUUAAUGAUCCUAUCUAUGCUGCUUCUAAAGGCGGUGUUGUUAUGUUUACUAGAUCACUUGUCCCAUUCAAACGCCAAGGUAUUCGGAUUAAUGUGCUUUGCCCUGAGUUUGUUGAAACUGAUAUGGGUUCAAAGAUUUCUCCAAAGUUCGUGGAUAUGAUGGGAGGCUUUGUUCCUAUGCAAAUGGUGAUCAAAGGUGCUUUUGAGCUUAUCAGCAAUGAGAACAGAGCUGGUGCUUGCCUAUGGAUUACAAAUCGCAGAGGCAUGGAGUAUUGGCCCUCUCCUGCAGAAGAAGCAAAAUAUUCGGUGGGUCCUUCUGCCUCCAAGAAAAGGCUGCCAUCUAUGGGCCCAGUAGAUGUACAGCUUCCUCAUAGCUUUGAGAAAAUCGUUGUCCAUACCUUAAGUCACAAUUUCCGAAGUGCUACCAGAAUUGUGCAUGUACCACUUCGUUUACCCAUUGGACCACAUGAAGUUCUUGUGAAAGUCAUUUACGCUGGUGUAAAUGCUAGUGAUGUAAACUUUAGCUCAGGAAGGUAUUUCAGUGGUGACGACAAAGAUAUUCAAUCUCGUCUUCCAUUUGAUGCUGGUUUUGAGGCAGUGGGGUUAAUUGCAGCUUUGGGAGACUCUGUUCGUCACUUGAAAGUCGGCACUUCUGCUGCAAUCAUGACAUAUGGGAGUUAUGCUGAGUUCACAGUGGUUCCUGCAAAAUAUAUCCUUCCUAUCCCAAGACCAGAUCCUGAAGUUGUCGCCAUGCUUACUUCAGGGUUAACAGCGUCAAUUGCUCUAGAAAAGGCUGGACAGAUGGAAUCUGGAAAAGUAGUACUUGUUACUGCCGCUGCAGGAGGGACCGGACAAUUUGCUGUUCAGCUUGCAAAGCUGGCUGGAAAGAAGGUAGUCGCAACCUGUGGAGGCAAAGAAAAAGCAAUGCUUUUGAAAGAAUUUGGAGUUGACCGAGUCAUAGACUAUAAAGCUGAAAACAUCAAAUCUGUUCUAAAGAAGGAAUUUCCUAAAGGUAUUGACAUCAUCUAUGAAUCUGUUGGUGGUGACAUGUUUAACCUCUGUCUGAACGCCUUAGCAGUACAUGGACGACUUAUCGUGAUUGGAAUGAUUUCACAGUAUCAAGGAGAACAUGGAUGGACACCAUCAAAUUAUACUGGACUCUGUGACAAAAUUUUAGCUAAAAGCCAAACUGUGGCUGGUUUUUUUCUAAUCCAGUAUGGUCACCUAUGGCAAGAGCAUCUGAACAGACUUUUUGAUCUUUUCUCUCAAGGAAAGCUAAAGAUUUCCAUAGAUCCAAAACGAUUUGUGGGUGUGAAUUCCGUUGCAGAUGCUGUUGAGCAUCUUCACUCAGGCCAAAGUGUUGGCAAGGUGGUUGUGUGCAUUGAUCCGACAUACAGCGAAAAAAUGGCAAAAUUAUAAGCAAUAACUUGAGAUUAAGCUGCGUCUCAUUGGAAGUUGAGAAGCUUCAUUUAAAUAAUACGAAACCAGGCAAAGUAAAUUGUAUUAUUUUCAGAGCUUAUUCUGACAGAUUUAGAAUUGGUUUUUUCAUCAUAAAAAAGUUGUAACUUAUAGCAAUUUACACGAAAAUAGCAUCGAGUACCGAUAAGGUAUAGCUCAGUCGAUAGUAGAAGUGCCUGUGAAUUGUCAAAUUCGAGUUCCGGUGUCAUAGUCGAUGAAUAAAGAAGAAAUUAGCAUUGAGGUAA